AUGCCUAGGAAAUCAUACGAGCAGCACCUCGCUAAAAAAGCAGCCAUGAGGAGAAGAGGAAGCGUGAUAGAGAGCGAGACAGAUGCGGAAUCUUUAUUCUCAAAUACGACUUAUCAAUCUCAACUGUCCUCCUCUACUUCUCCAUACUUAUCACCUCAUCAACAUCGAUAUCUCCCUGGCCCAUCUAAAUUCGCAAGAACUCUAUCUUCUAAUUCAUAUUCAACUUCCGUAUCGUCACCUUAUCCUUAUCGUAGAGAACGUUCAAAUUCUCCCGGAACGUCUACUCAGUAUCGGAAUCAGGAAAACAUACAGAAUGUCGGAUUUAGUUCUUUCCCACCACCACUAUCAGACAAUACCAAUCCGAGCGAUACCGAACCCAUACCAACACAUAGACGUCCAUCUCAAAGUACUGCGACGCACUUGACUGUACCUCAAACUGACAGGGAGAUAGCCAGAAAGAAACGUCACGAACAACGUAAACUCUCUAAAUCGACAUUAUUAUCGUCGAAAUAUAAUUCACCAAUUAGACGAUCCAUAAGAUACUUGACUACAGUGGGAUUGCACCAACAUACCACGUUUAUCAGUUUGAUUUUUUACGUUCUGAUCAAGCUUUUGGUGAUGAGGUUUAUUGAAGGAAGGGAGUUGGAUUGGGUGAAGGGGAGGGAAGAGGUUAUGUGGGGUGCGGUUAUCUAUGAGUGGGUAAAGAGGGAGGGUGAAAAGGGAGGAAGAAGUUUGAGAUCACAGGUCAUAGCAUUACUUACUAUCCUCUUAUCACCCUUAUCGCUUUUCGUAGAUAAAAAGGUAGUACCCAUGUCAAUGACCAUCCGACCAUUGACCCUCUUGUCUUCAACGGAAGACUAUGCUUCUGUCUUUUAUCUGUUCCUCAGCUUGACUAUCAAUCAGUUUCAUGCGAUUUGGGCAAUGACAUUUGGACUCUAUGUGAUAGGGAGGGGAAUAUGGAUUGGUGGAUUCGAAGGCUCAAAAUACGCUUUCCUUUCUUUCAUAAUCGGAGCAACGGCUCUAGGAUCAAGAUACUCUAUCUGCGAAUCCAACUUUUUCAACUAUAUUUAUAAGCAGAUCACCUUCGAUCACCCUGCCAUGAAGUAUUCAACGAGAUUACCGACAAUACCAUUAUUGGCUUCGUAUACUCCGACAGUGCAGAAUCAAGUAAAUGAAUAUUGUAAAGCCACUGUCCCAUCAUUGACGAUUUCAUCCUUGGUCAAUCAAGCUAUAACUCAUAAAAUACAAUCAACAUUAACAAUCUUUUCUAUCAUGCCUCCUAUCACUAUCCUCCUAUAUUCCAAUAUAUCCUUACGUCCCGGCCCGUCAACUCGACCCUCACCAACCAUCUCUUUCUUACCUCUAUUAUUGUUCUUAAUUUCCAUACCGAUCUAUCUUUUUUCGAAUGAUCCGCAUGAUAUCAUCCUACCGCUUAUGCCUCUGACACUCAUGAUGUCCUUCAGAGGAAGUGCGGCUAGGGGCAGUGAACGCUCAUCAGCAAGUGGAGGGGGAGAAGAUGAAGUAUGGAGGACUGGUGUAGUCCUCAAUGCCCUUUCGAUCAUCGAUUUGAUACCCUAUCAAGCGAGUCUAACGAUGUCGAUAUUAUCCACCGGAUUGACAGUACUGUGGAUUACACUUAUCGGUGCUUCUCCUCUGAUCUCGAUUAUAGUGGUGUUACGUCAAAUUAGUAUUAUGAUCAUACCCUCCAAUGCACUUGUACAGUAUAUCAAUCCACUCGAACACGUCGUACUCAAAGGUGCCUUCGCGAUAGGUUGGUUCUGGGGUAUGAAGAAGUUGAUUGAGAAUGCUUGGGCGAUAGGUGGAUUGAGUGAGAGGAAGAAGAAGAGUAGGGAGAAAGUGAGGUAG